AUGGGCCCCCAGCCUGGUUUCUGUCGUUUACAGUCAGAGCUCUAUUUUGUUAUGGUUUUUAACAUUUUUAAGCCCUGCUCUAUUUUACUGGGCAGGUUUGUGUUGAUGUUUACCCACUACAGUUUUUUAACAGUGUCAGCUCACAUGCCUUCUCUGUGCCACCACAGCACCCACCGCCUUGUCCCCAGCCCGGGGCACUGCCCCUGGGACCCUCCGAUCAGACCCUCCUCCCUGCCCCUGUCCUUCAUCCCUACGCGGUGCUGGGGGCUCAGCUCCGUGCCCGCCCUGCCACUGCAGAGACCCGAAUCUGGCCUGGCGCCUAGCCUGGUCCUGCAUGGCUGUGAGGUGGCCUGUACCCCGCUCUUAGAAAGGGGAAUCUCAAAGGAGGACACCUCCUUCCAAGGUCUCGCUCUUUCUUCGUUGCCUUAG